UAUUGAUUUCAGAGAGGAAGGGAGAGGGAGAGAGAGAGAGAGAGAAAUAUCAAUGAUAAGAGAAUCACUGUCUGGCUGCUUCCUGCAAGCCCCACACUAGAGAUCCAGCUGCAUCCCACCCCAACCAGGAAUGGAACCAUGAUCUCCUGGUUCAUAGGUCCACGCUCAACUACUGAUCUGCAUUUUAUCUGACGUCCCAGUGAUUCCCACGCAUAUCGGUCUGUUUGAGACUAGGGCUCCACGUUCAGGGCCCACCAGCCUCACAGCACAGGGCAGGCCGAGACCCUGGAGUGUGAGCCCCGCCCUCUGGCGAUGACUCGGCCACCAGCCUCUUCAAGGUCCACAGGACGGGUCCCUGCGCCCCCUCGCGGCCACCGGAGCCAGUGGCCGAUCCCCGCAUAGCCCGUCCAGGAGUGACGGGCGUGGGCAACGCCGGGAGCUCGGAGUCUUACGUGGGAUUAGGAAGGUCACCCGCGCCGGAUGUCCACAAGUGGGGACGCCUGGAACGCCCCCGUCUGGCGCAGGGAGCACCACACCCUACGCCCGUCACCCUCGUGCACGCGCCCGCGCCUCUUGUGCGCAGGCGCCUACAGGCCGCGCAGCCGCCAUUGCUCCCCCGCCAGCGAAGCGGCCCGUUAGGAGACUGCGGCCGCUGAAAGAAGCACCCACCCGGAGCCAUGGUCCACGCUUUCCUCAUCCACACCUUGAGGGCCCCUCACGCGGAGGACUCGGGCCUUUGCCGGGUGCUCUACUCCUGCGUCUUUGGUGCCGAGAGUUCACCUGAUGACCCACGGCCACACGGUGCCGAGAGGGACAGGCUCCUCCGCAAGGAGCAGAUUUUGGCUGUGGCCAGGCAGGCGGAGACCAUGUGCCGGCUGCAGCAGCAGGCGUCCGGCAGGCCUGCCGCGGACCUGCAGCCCCAGCCCUCAGAUGAGCCGGUGCCCCUCCACGAGGCCCCCCGGGGGGCCUUCCGCCUGGCGGCAGGGGACCCUUUCCGGGAGCCUCGGACAGCGGUGUGGCUGGGCGUGCUCUCCUUCGGCUUCGCCCUGGUGCUGGACGCCCACGAGAACCUGCUGCUGGCAGAGAACACACUUCGGCUGCUGGCGCGCCUUCUCCUCGACCACCUCCGGCUGCUGACCCCUGGCACCAACCUCCUGCUGCGGGCUGACCGCAUCGAGGGCAUCCUCACCCGCUUCCUGCCCCAUGGCCAGCUGCUCUUCCUCAAUGACCAGUUUGUCCAGAGUCUGGAGAAGGAAUUCAGCGCUGCCCUGCCCCGCUGACCCCUCACUGAACGGGGCUUUGCGAGAGGGCACUGAGGAAAGACAAGGGUGUUGAGACACACAGCCUGUUAAAACUUGGCAUCUACCUCCUACCCAGCCUGCUCCCAGCUCUGGUGUGCUGCCACACCCGGGACAAAUGGAUGGGACAAGCUGGCAGAAAAGGGGGCAGGGCAGAAGGUAGAGGGGAAGAAUCACAGAACAUUCUGUGCCUGGAGGCGCUUCAUGACUUAUUCAGACUGCUAUCAAGGGCAGCCCCUAUUGUCCUUGACUCCACUUUCUCCCAUCCCCAGCGGCCAGGCCUCUGCAGUGACCUGCUCCCAGUGCUGGGUGGUGAGGAUCAGCGGCCUGGAACUCGGCCCAUGUUCUUUUCCCAAACCCACAGUCACCACAACACAAACGGAGUCUGCUGCACCACACUUCACAAAUAUGUCAGUCACUGCCGGGGACUCUCAGAGACUGACAUAUUUUGGGCUCAGUCCAUGCUCGCCAAGCAGCCUCAAGAUGAUCUUGGGCAAUCCCUGGUCUGCAGGGAGAGAAGGUGCCAUCAGGUGGGUACAAGAAAUCUGGCCUGGACGAUGUUAUCUUUCUCAUUUUGAUUUCAUCACUGACCCCCGUGGGUCAGGGACCCAAGAUCGUGGUGGUUCUGCUCAGUGUUGCUUGUGCCAAUAAAAUGAAACUGUUCUGUAAAGUAGGUCAGAGAGUUUAUUCUUUGGCCAAGGAAUUGAGAAGGAUGAGUUGUGCUCAAAAGAUCCCUUCUCCCCAAUUCUGGAGAGUUAGAAAAAUCUUUUUAUUUAAUUGUUUUUAUUUUUAUCAUCACCAUUAAUCUCCUCUAGGCCCUCUUCCACCUCUAUUCCCUUCCUUCCCUAGGAAAAUCUUAAAGGGUUUGGGAGCGGGGAGUAGUUAGGCAGGCUCAAGGAAGGGUGGAGGGUUCUGGGAGCAUGCCCAGUUCCCUAACAUGCUUGGAACACGCCUAGCCAUACAUUGCAUGUAUCAUUUUAAUGUUACAUUUCCAUCCCUGGCAUGAAGGAAAGUUUGUCAAAGGUAACGUGGGAAGGGGUUUCAGAUGCCGUCUUUGAGCCAUCCGGCCAGGGCACAGACCCGUUUCUUUGCUGUGGUCCUUGGGUUCCUUAUCUGGUUCUAGGCUGCAGGCUUGGCAAUCUUCUCUUGAGGAGUUCAACCUCCUUGUGUCUCAACAUCUGGUUGACACAGGAAUACUGAGUCUGGCUGUUAUGUUAGGGAGAAUACAAGAAAGUUAAUGGAAGUUUAAAUAAAGAUUAACGAUGUGGCACAACCCACUGACCAUUUCACCCUCCAUUCCUGUGGAUUGAAGUGGUGCAUAUCCGUUCCUCUGGGUAAAUGCCUUUCUGUGUGGCCUGAGCUGGGUGUCAGCGUUCAUGGUUAAGGAUGCCCCCAAGAGGCCUCUUGAGAGGUCUCUGCCUCUUCUCUGCCGCAGCACCUCUGUCUCCUUAGGUGCCUCCUUUGAGGGUAGCUCUUGAUUGAGGAUUAAA